AUGAAUAUGCCUAAGAUGCUAAGGAUACUGACCCACUCUCUUCCAUCGAUUGAAACUCGGGCUCCAGAUGUCGUCACCGCGCCAACCACUAAUAAAUACCAAUUUAACUCAAGAUACAAACAAAUGUCUCAAUCCAACAUUACAGCCGAGGAAUUCAAGCAGUGGCUUGACGGUGCCUUUCUUGGGGAUCCGGAAGACUCCCGGGCGUACUGCGAACAAACCAUGAGCCCCAACUACCUGCGAUUCUCGGCGGGUGGUGGACGCACCGACUUUGAGGCAGCGGUCGCAAAAGUAACGCUGUUCCGCACCAUCUGCCGCAAGUGGGCUCUGAAUGUCAACUUUCUUGUGCAGGAGGGAAACAAGAUCGCCGUCCGGUGCACGGUCUCUAUGAUUAUGGGAGAAGGCGAGGAGCAGAACAUGGAGCUGAUGUUUAUGGCAGAGAGGGACGCCGACGGCCGAUAUGAAAACGUUUGGGAGCUUUCCAAGGCGAUUGAUGAAUUUACACUAUAA